AUGGCUGAGGCGUUGAAUGACGACUGGUGGGAUGGUGCCGAGGCCCCGGUGGCCAUGGACGAGGCAGCCACAGAGGUGCAGACUCAAGGCAAGGACAAGGGCAAGGACAAGGGCAAGGACAAGGGCAAAGGCAAGGUGACGAGUAAACGGACGGCGGCAUCCGAGUCUGUGGAGGACAUUGAAGGGAACGUGGAUGCGGCCACCUUGGCCAAGCGCGCCAAGCGCAAGGAGAUGCGCAAGAAGCGCGCUGCCAAGUUUCAAGCCAAGCAGGAGGAAUUGCUGGACCAAGUGACGGCCAAUCAGGCCACCACGGUGGCUUACUUGCAAAGCUUUCUAAAGUCGUCAGGCUUUGACCUUCCGCUGCGUGAGGACGACGUCCGCCAUGUGGAUUGGGACAGCGGUCGUACGCUCGACCAGCUGGGCAACUUUGCGCUUCGGGCUCUGGACACGAAGAAGACGAUGUUGGAAAGCCGCAAGAGGCGGCAGCACCCACGUUUGAUUGUAGUCACGUUUGCUGCCAAGCGUGUUGUGGACCUGAUUCCUCAGCUCAAACCUCUCUCGCCCAAGUAUCCGGUGGCCAAAUGCUUUGGCAAGCACAUGAAGCUGGACGCUCAAGUGGAUUUUUUGCAAAAGAAGGAAGUGCAGAUUGCUGUCGGAACGCCGCAGCGCCUCUGCGAGCUGUUUGAGCGCGAGUGCUUGUCCUUUCGCAACAAAGAGGUGUUGCUGAUCGAAGCGACGACCAAGAACAGCAAAGGGCGAACCAUUUUUGAGGAGGUGGAGAGCAAGGCAGCACUGGCACAGUUGAUUGCCAAUCAUGUGGCGCCGGAUAUCCAGGCAGCAGAGCCUGGCAUGGGAGGCAAGAUUGUGUGUUUCUGA